AUGCAUUGGCUCUUUCAAGCCGUUGUAAGCACAGCAACCCUCAGCUUGGCAACGGGGGUACCGGCACCACCCAAAUCAGAAUCAAUUGACAUAUUCGAACUACCUUUGCCUCCUGUGGCACCAACAAAUGAUACAGGCGCAUGCAAUACUUCAAUAAAUCCUCGACAUACCGGAUGCAUUGGAAGAACAUCGGACUUUUUUCAAGCAGGCGAUUUCGCACCUGAUGGGAACCAUGUUGUUGCCACCGUGGAAUUCAUCGGCGCUCCCCUCGCACCACACGCCGCUAGCAUAUUUACUGGGCAACAGCUCAUUUUGAUCAAGACGAACGGGGCUAGGUUUAGUACGGGCGACCCUUGGAAAUGCUUGAGCUGCGGCGUGCCGUCGCAAAAUUCGCGCUCCCUCGACGACGCAAGAGAUUAUCCACACAUUGCCAGAAAUGGCCAACAAGCCCUUUGGGGACACAAUAUCUUGUAUUGUGGUGGUAUUACACUCGUCAGUGAGCGUUGCACACCGGAUAAAGUGCACAUAUACCCCAUAUAUUGGCCAGCUGGUGCCAACAGUUCUGGGAGUCCACGAGAGAUGCGCAUGCACCCCGACGACAAACAUAUUGGAUGGAGUGCGUUUACGAGUGGGGGCGAGAAUUCAUACUAUGGCCGACUACAGUUUAACGAAAGCCCAACAAACGGCACACUUCGGGUUCCGCGAUACGAUUUGGUUGGCGUCAAUCUUCUCGCUAAACCCAAUGGCACAGCGCCCAUCAUGGCUCAAGGAUCGGAGCUAAAGAUAGACGACCAGGCUAUAGGUGUAGGCGAGUUACGGGGAUUUAGCGGCGCUGGAGAUGAGAUACUUUACAUCGGGCCAACACAUGAAGCAAACAACAUUGAUGUAUUUGCUGUUCAUAUCAUUACUGGUGUAGUUCGCCGUCUCACCAGCCACCCGGAAUACGCCGAUCCAAUUGCCUUCUCUCGCGACAAUCAAUGGUUUGUGACAAUGGAUACUCGAGGAUCAAACCGCCAGAUGUGGAUGGCGGGGAUGCGACAUAUUCCUCCUCUUGUGGAUCUUGUCACGGUCACAGCUGCUUCGUCUACCCGGAACAAUGGGGCACGUCGAUUCUUUCAGCCCAUCCUCAUCGACCGAUACGGUGAUCGCGGUGACUAUUUUGGUCAACAUGUCAACUAUGCGGGCAAUGGAACAAACGGGAGCGUCAACGAUCCCAACUGGAAUGGCAAGGCCGAUCCAGCAUUUUCUCCAGAUGGCACCCAUAUUGUAUACUGGCAGAGCUUGGUUAUUCCACCUGCAUGUGGGGAAAGCAACCCAUUGCCGUGCCCAAUUUCUACUGCUCAAGGAGGUCGCACUUAUCGAGUUAUGUUGGCUCGUCUAGCGACUCGCAAGCCCAUUUCCCCAGUCCCCGUUUUCGACGCUCCAGACACGAUUCCAUGGGCUACCCAAUUCCCACCAGGAGCUAGCCUCCCUAGCACUUACUCUUUACCUCCGGGGAAUUACACCCUUCGUGGAAAGCAUAGUGGAUUUGCAAAAACGAGAAUAGCAAAGGACCCCUUGCUUAACAUUAUCAAAAUGGUCUCGGUCGAGUAUACCGACUUUUCUGAUGAUGGGGAGCACUAUCUCCACGGCCAUGAAGCUGUGACUUUGACGUUGUCAGCUUCUGAUCCUUGGUUAAACCAUCUCGAUUGGUACUCUGACAUCUUACAAACUGGUGCUACAAACGCUUCGAAGAAGACUGGCCUGGGGCUUCCAUCUCACAAUAAAUGCCCUCGAAAAUAUUUUUGA